AUGCCGGAUCAAGAUGCCGUUCCGCCUCCUCCAUACCCUCCGUCAGAGGUGGCGCUAGCGAAGGAAAAAGGCUUCGUCGUCGGCGAGGAGGAGAUAGAUGACAGCGACGACGAUCUGACCUCGCAAACGCCCGCCACAGAGGACGACAACGCCGCCCCUCCGCAAUACAUCGAUCCAGAUCCCCAUGCAGGCCCCGCAGGACGCAAUGGCUUCCGGUCAGAAAAGAAUGCACCCCCGGACUACUCCGUCUACAACAGCGACGCUCUCCGCGACGUAGCGCAGGCCAUGAACUACGCCGCGCCUCCCCCCGCAGACCUCCACGCUCGCCUCUCCUGGAAACUCUUCCUCAACCUUGUGCCUAAAACCGAGGACAAACUUUCCAAAGCCCUGCUAGACGACGACCAAGACGAGGCGCUGCGACUCGUCGGAGCCCACCGCGGGCAAUCCCGAUAUGUCCGACGGGCCAGCACGAGCAACGCCUCUCCCAUCUCCCGCAAAGAUCUGCACCUAGCCGCACUCUUCGGCGACAGCGAGGUCGUCGAGCGCCUGCUGCAAACCGGCGCCAGCCCGCUGUACAGAUGGCGCGGCGGACUGACGGCCCUGCACUGCGCGGCCAUGGGCGGGUACCGCCAGAUCGCCGCGCGCCUCCUCCACGCCGGCUGCCCGGUGAAUUACAUGGGGCAGGACUACAGCAGCGCGACGGCGCUCGCGGCUCUAGGGGAGAAAAUCGACGUGCUAGACCUCCUGCUCGCACACAACGGCAGUCUCGACGCCUUCGGUGGCCCGCUGGGCUCCGUCAUCCACGCCGCUACAAUGACGGGCAACGUCCCGCUCAUCGAAGCGCUCAACAACUCCGACCUAAACGACAACUGGGCCGAAAUCAACCGCACAGUCUACGCGACGCCCGCCCGCAAACUGCUGCACAUUACGCGCGCGCGCAACCUGCUCACCCCCAUCGAUGAACCCUUCCUCACCCCCCACCACUCCCAGCGCCUCGAGCGCAUCCACGGCCGGCCCCUCGCCCUCGCCGCCUUCCUAGGCAGCGAAGCAGCAGUCUCCUACUGGCUAAGCACCUACGGCACAGACAUCAACGCGCACACAAAAGCCGAAACGCACUUCAACAACAACUUCCGCUCCGGCUCGGAUUUGCACACGGCCCUCACGCUGGCAUCCAUGUGCGGGCACGAGGAGGUGAUGCGCAUGCUCUUGGAGCGCGAGGCGAGUACGCGCUCUGCGAACUAUGAGCAUGCUGAUCCGCUCUUUCUUGCGCUGUUGAAUGGGCAUGAGGAGAGUGGGAGGUUGCUGUUGGCCUUUGGGGCGCAGGUGCGCUCGACUACGCUUGCGCUGGCUAAGGCGAAGGGAAUGGCGAUUGCGGAUGAGAUGGUGGUGCAGCCGGCGGACUCGCGCGCGCAUCUGUCUAAAGUGAGGUCGGGGUCGGGAGGGGUAAUGCUGCGGUCGGAGGCGGGACCGUCGAGGAUGCCUGGUGUGAAUCCUCUGGAGCAGAGUACGUCGGCUUGA